AGGGAAACACAGCCCAGCUCUCACUGCAGAACAAAAUGGGAGAUGCUGAAACAGGCAAGAAGAUCUUCGUUCAGAAAUGUGCUCAGUGCCACACAGUGGAGAAAGGUGGAAAACACAAGACAGGUCCAAAUCUCUGGGGCCUUUUUGGCCGGAAGACAGGACAAGCACCAGGAUUUUCUUACACGGAUGCGAACAAGAACAAAGGUAUUGUCUGGACAGAAGAAACUUUGAUGGAAUAUUUGGAGAACCCAAAGAAAUUCAUCCCUGGUACUAAAAUGAUCUUUGCUGGUAUCAAAAAGAAGAGUGAGAGAGAAGAUCUUAUUCAGUAUUUAAAACGGGCAACAUCCUCAUGAAAUACUGUUGCAGCUUCAAAAAUAUUAGUUCUCAAUUUCAAAUACUGUGUUUAAUAAGAAGCAAUUUCUGCUCUUUCUUGAUAAGCCUGUAG